CGGGCCCGGUUAAAGGCCCGGGGGGUGGCGGGGGGGCGCGGAUCGCACUCGGCCGGCAGCAGCGGCGGGGCCGUGCCGGGCCGGGCCGUGCCGUCGGGGGGCCGCAGGAUGUACACGCUGACUCGCGGCCCCAGCAAGCUGGCCACGCAGCGCCGCACAGGUCCGACGCAGCAGCCGGUGGAGAGCAAGGUGGGCGAGCCGCGGGGCCGGCUGCAGCCCGGCGCCUGGCCCCCCGCCAGCCCCCUCCCGAAGCUUGUCUUCAACAGAGUGAACGGCAAGCGGCCGCAGGUGCUGCUGCCGCACGCCCCGGGGCCCGAGGAGUGCUACACGGCGGCCCACGAGGAGAACGUCCGCUUCGUAUACGAAGCCUGGCAGGAGGUCGAGCAGCAGCUGGACGACAGCCAGAGAGGGGAGAGCGCCCGCGGGCCCGUGCAGUACGUAGAGAAAACCCCAAACCCCGUUCUGAAAAACUUUGUUCCCAUUGACCUGGAGGAGUGGUGGGCAAAACAAUUUUUGGCCAAAAUCGGAAACAUAUCAUAAAAGGGAAGAAAGUUUUUUUUUUCUUUUCUUUUUUUUUUAAAAAAAA